CCCUCCUCUAUUUAAACGCGCGCCCAGGCCAUGAUCCCGCCGCCGCUAGCGCCACUUCACAGCGCCGCUCCACACUGUCUAGCGCACGCAGCCGAACUGAACACGCGCCCGCAGUCCACAGAGAUCGACCGGUGAGGCAUGGCCACCAAGCGCCGUUUCGCCUUCGCAGUGCUCUGCGCCGCGGUGGCGCUGCACCUGCACGCCGCGGCGGCGGGCAGGACCGGGCCGGCGGGCGGCUCCGGUGGUGCGCCCACCGCCACGGCAGCCACGCUCCCGGCGGCCGCUGCCGCUGCCGCUGCCGCUGCCGCGGCCGGCAACAUGAACGGCGGUGCCACUGGCGCCGGCGUGGCUGACAAGAAGAACUUGUUCGUGGGCGUGGGCGGCAUGGGCGACCUCCCGGGCUUCCCGGCCGUCGGCGGCGGGUACGGCGGCGGAUUCGGCAACAACGGCGGGGGCGUCUUCAGCGGCGUCACGGGCCCGCUCGGCGGCGUCGGGGGCGGCGUCGGAGGCGUCGGCCCGCUCGGCGGGGUCGGUGGCUUCGGCGGCGGCGGCAUCCCGUUCGGUGGCUUCGGCGGCGGCGGCGCCCCGGCGUUCGGAGGCUACGGCGGAGGCGCAGGUGGGGGUGCUGGCGGCGUCACGCCUUGAGAGCUGCCGCACGAGCCAUGGCGACGCCGGGGCGUGCCCGUACGCGCGCACGGAGGGUGCAUGGCGUUCGCGGGCGCUCUGCGCACGUCCUGGCGAAGGUGGUCCAUGGCGAGCGUGGCAUGUAAGGUGUCGAUGGCCCUUUUCUUCGUUGCGUAGCUCGGUCGCUGUGUGUGAAUUGAAGCUUGUCUGUGUGACCGUGUGUGGCUGCAGCCUGCAGGGCAGAGAGGUCGGAGUCUGUAACUGUAAUAGUUUGCUGUUUGCUGUUUGCUGUUUGUGUCAUGCUCGAAAGUAGGGUGUGGUGUGCCCGUGUCGUGUGUUGAUCGGAUCCAGUAACGUGUGUGCUCGUGUACCAGUUGCCUGCUAGCUAGUUCAGUUGUCAGCAAUCGUUGUUACUACAUGUUUGCUGCACGUACUUCUUUCA